CCGAGAAAAACAAUCAUGUCAGAACACAGCAGGAAUUCAGAUCAAGAGGAACUGUUUGAUGAGGAGAUUGAUGAAGAUGAAAUCCUGGCCAACUUGUCCCCUGAAGAGCUAAAGAAACUGCAGUCGGAAAUGGAAGUCAUGGCCCCUGACCCCAGGCUUCCUGUGGGAAUGAUUCAGAAGGAUCAGACCGACAAGCCACCCACGGGAAACUUUGACCAUAAAUCUCUUAUGGAUUAUAUGUAUUGGCAAAAGGCAUCGAGACGCAUGCUGGAAGACGAACGUGUCCCUGUCACCUUUGUGCCAUCCCAGGUGGACACUCAAGAGCAGCAUGAAGAAAGAGGCACAGGUAAUAGACACGUGUCCCACUAUUUAAAAGAAAAGCUCAACAAUGAAAUCACAGCCAAUAAAAGAGAAUCAAAAGGCAGCAACGAUGUCCAAGAACCAGAUGAGGAAGAUGGUGAAGAAGAUGAAGGAGAUGAAGAUGAUGAAGAUGAUGAGGAUGAUGAGGAUGAUGACGAUGAGGAUGAGGAUGAUGAGGAUGAAGAUGGCAGGGAAGAUAAAAAGCCGCAAAGAGGAGAGGAAGGUGAGGGAAAGGAGCAAAUCAGAAACGGUGAGAGCAGCUCCCCACAAGUAGCUAAGAAAGCAUUCGAAGAACAGAAAGACAGGCCAGAGGUCCAAGAAAAGAGCGAGAAGAAAGUAUCAAAAUUAGAUCCUAAGAAGUUAGCUCUAGACACCAGUUUUUUAAAGGUGAGUGCAAGGCCUUCAGGAAACCAGACGGACCUAGAUGGGAGCUUGAGGAGAGUUAGACAGAAUGAUCCCGAUAUGAAGGAGCUCAAUUUGAACAACAUUGAAAACAUCCCCAAGGAAAUGUUACUGGACUUUGUCAACGCAAUGAAGAAAAACAAACAUGUCAAAACCUUCAGUUUAGCAAACGUGGGCGCCGAUGAGAACACCGCGUUUGCCUUGGCUAACAUGUUGCGGGAAAAUAGGAGCAUCACCACUCUCAACAUCGAGUCCAACUUCAUCACAGGUAAAGGAAUUGUGGCCAUCAUGAGGUGUCUCCAGUUCAACGAGACGCUCACUGAACUUCGGUUUCACAAUCAAAGGCACAUGCUGGGCCACCAUGCCGAAAUGGAAAUAUCCAGACUGUUGAAGGCCAACACCACCCUCCUGAAGAUGGGCUACCAUUUUGAGCUCCCCGGCCCCAGAAUGGUGGUAACCAACCUGCUCACCAGGAAUCAGGAUAAACAAAGGCAGAAGAGACAAGAGGAACAAAAACAACAGCAACUGAAAGAGCAGAGGAAGUUGAUAGCCAUGCUGGAGAACGGGUUGGGGCUACCUCCCGGAAUGUGGGAGAAGUUGGGAGGACCCAUGCCAGAUGCCAGGAUGCAGGAGUUCCUCCAACCUCCUCCUCAGCCUCCCAACCCCCAGGCAGUCCCCUUCAGUCGGCAGAACGAAAUGAUGAAGAAGCCAUCACAGCCUCCGAAGUACAGGACGGACCCUGACUCCUUCCGGGUGGUGAAGCUGAAGAGAAUCCAGCGCAAAUCUCGGAUGCCAGAGGCCAGAGAACCCCCCGAGAAAACCAACCUCAAAGACGUCAUCAGAACACUGAAGCCAGUGCCGAGAAAUAGGCCGCCCCCGUUGGUGGAAAUCACUCCCAGAGAUCAGCUCUUGAAUGACAUUCGUCACAGCAAUGUCGCCUACCUUAAACCCGUUCAGCCCUCCUAA